AUUCAACGACUUCAGGGGUGUUCUCCGCUCCCACUUUAUAAGUUAAAACCCAACAUGGCCCCAUGGCCCCCUGGCCCUCUUUGACGAAUCUUGGACUUUAAACCCCCUCUCUAUACAUUGACCGGAUUCCAAUAUUUUAAAAUCCUUCUCACAAUGGCCCAGACCGCGUUGCCACACCACGGCCGGCCUCAGGUGCCGCAGACGACGGCGGACCUGCUGGAGGAGAUCGCCUCACUGCGCAGGCAGAACGAGGAGCAGCGACGCGAGCUGGAGCACCUGCGGGGUGACGCCGUCGCGUCGCCCACAGGACAGCCCGCCCAGCCCACGACGAUGCACCGGUUCAACGACUUCCCGCCCGAGAUCAGGGAGAUGAUCUGGGAGCGCUCCUUCCCGCAGCAGAUCGUCUGCAACCAGGACACGAUGGCGAAGCGCAUCGUCCCGGUCGACCUGCACGUCCCGGCGGUGGGCCAGGCAUGCCGGGAGUCCCGGCGGAUCGCCUCGUCCAGGAACCACAGCAGGGCGCUCCCGGGCGCCGCCCUGCCCAGCCCCGUCCCGGGGGAGAUGCUGCUGGCGCGCCACAGGAACCCGACGCCGGCGGGCUGGGCGUGGUUCUCGCCGCGCAGCGACGCGGUGGUGGUCGCCUCGGAGGGGUUCGCGGGCGAGGCGCACGGCGCGAACCACGUCCUGGCGCGGGCGGCAGAGCACGUCAUCGUGGAGGACGCGCAGUUCUGGGAGGGCUACUACGACGUCUCGGAGGGCAUAUACCAGAACGGCAUGUACGACCUGGGGCCGGGCGUCCUGCUGGACGACGUCACGAGGUGGGUGCACAGGGUCUACGCGACGGCGCCGCCGUGCUCCGGGGGCGAGGACCACGCCCGCGCCUGCAGGCUGCGGACCGUCGACUUCCGGAUGCGGGAGGCGACGCCGAUACACCCGGGCUCGCCCCCCGAGCUCCUGCGGCGCCUGUUCGGGGACGCCACCUUCAAGGUCGUCGACCUCCGGGACACGGGCGAGUUCCUGCGGGCGGUCUGCCACGAGCGGUCCCAGGGGAUGGACCCUGGCCUCCUCGUCAGGUGCAUCAGCGACCUCGGGAACGCCCUGGAUAUCUACCAGUCCGUGGCCGACAGGUACUUCAGACACCUCGGGCCGUUCGUGCUGAAGGCCCUGGCCGGUGCCCUCUUUGAGGCUUCCAACAAGGGAUCCCCAGAGGGGCAGGGGGGCCUGCCGACGCCGUUCAAGCCCGGCGGCUCCAAGCUGAACAUGGAGGUCGCGUGGGUGAGGGAGCUCAGCGAGCGCCUCACUGUUCGGCCUGUCCACGUCUUUGUCUUGGGGGAGGAUGGGUCGGAGGAUAUGGAGGAGGACUGAGCGGCGGGGACUCUAGCACUCGACAUGUAGCAUACGUCAGGGACAACGGCGGACCACUGCUGGUCAUUUGUGGGGAAUAUGGAGGUUACCUAGGUAUAAUAUACACG